UAUGCUGCUGGCAUCCAAAUUCUACCACUGCCAGCGCUUACAAAGACAUGCUCCGCCAGCAUGCGAGCACAAUAGUGAUUAAUAAUCCGGGCACACACAGCAAGGAUUGUCGUAUAUACAAGAGCUAUACGAAGUGAGACAGGGAGUCUAUGACCUCAAAAGUGCGGUGGGACGUCAAGACCGAAUCGCGUUUGCCAGCGUAGGCGGCAGUGUCAGCAGCCGAACGACGAUGCCACUGCAUAGACGGCAGAGGUAGCAGCCGAUAGCGACCUAGUCAUUGCAGUGCAACUAGACAACAAAGUUGAACCUUGGGGGACCUAAACGUCGAAGGACGAAUCAGUUGUGACACAUCGCACACAAAGCAAGUCGCAUCGCUGGGACUUACCCCAGCUUCACAACCGGGAUAUGGCAAGCUUCUAACUUUAUCGGAACGUGGUCACUGAACAAAGCGUUUUAGCUUUUAGGGCGCACGGCAUCAGACCAACAUACAAAAGUCGUCACUUGACACAACUUGACACGUUCAAGACAUACAGCUCAAUUUUCGACCUCCACUUGACCGCAGUCAUGCCUCACGCUACCGCCCCUGCGGAGGGCUCGAUCGAAACUGUUAUGAAUUACCACUACGAACCGGCACCAGGAGAAAAGACAAAGAUUCUGUAUAUUAAUACUGUCGGCUCGAAGCGCAUGAAGAACACUCCGCAGGUUGUUCAGGUCACAGACUUGCGCAGCACCGAUAAUCACUUCACUAUUGAUGAGCAUGGCUUUCAGUUUCUGAACUACCCCGGUCCAGUGGGCCAGAAGCACGAGUCCUUCGAGAACGAAGACACUGUCAAGGAAGUCAUACUCAAAGAAGCCGAAGAAUUGAUUAAGAAAACUACAGGUGCUUCCAACGUCUACGCCUUGCAUCACGUUAUUCGACGAGAACCAACGCCAGCAGCUGAACACAUACCAGCUGAUGUUCCAGACGAUGAGGUUUGGAAGUCGAACGGUACUCCGGCAAUGCACGUGCACGUUGAUCAAUCAUAUAGAGGCGCCGACCUCAUGCUGCCAGAACUCAAGUUUGAAGGGGCAGAUUACUUCCGAUCCAAGGCACAAACUUGCAGAUGGGCAGUCAUCAACCUUUGGAAGCCAUUGAAGACCGUCACUCGCCAGCCGCUAGCUGUUUGCGAUGCCAAGACUGUGCGAGAGGCUGACCUUCGACCCUAUCCUAUGAAGGUGCGAGCAGAAGACUCCUUGGAUAAGAAGGAAAGAGAGUUCGAGAUCUGGCAUGUCAUGGCGAGCCCAGAGCACAAAUGGUACUGGCCAUCUGAUAUGAAACCAGACGAAGCGCUGUUGAUCAAGUGCUUCGACAGCAAGCUUGAAGGAGUCGCGAGAAGGGCACCACAUAGUGCGUUCAAUUUGCCAGAUGACCAAGGUCCGCCAAGGGAAAGUAUUGAGAUAAGGUGUGUGGUAUUGUGGGAGGAUCAGCCCAAGGAAUAAGGGCUGGCGCGUCGUAUCUCGGCAGAUAUGCUUUUUGAAAGCUAUUUAUUUCUACUUUGACUUACUCCAUUCGGCAUGAGCGGUCGACUUUGGUCUCACUGACACCCGCGCUAGGCUGCCCAAUCAGCCCAAAUCGUCGAUGUCAGCAUGAUAUACACCAGCUCGGGCUCAGCUACCCCCGA